CAACACCAGCAGCCACAUGUCAUUGCCUUUAGCACUCGGGUCACUUUCCACCAUCCAUCUUCCCCCUUGUAUCCAGGUUGUCUUGGCUACGUCUGCUCUCCGCUCCGGUUGUUCUGCCUCAAUUGAGAAACGAGAACCCCAGAUCCAACACGCAAAGCUCCUGGGCAGCAUCCUUGGCUAGAACGGAUAGCUUGCUGCCAUCGGCCGUCUCCGAGCUCUCUUCAUAAAAGCAGGCUUGCCGCCCCUCCACGACCACCUUCUCUCUCCUCCUCCUCCUCCUCCCUCUUUCUUCCACGAUUCCGCACCUCCCCCUCCAAACAACCACCACUCGACCUCGAGUCCCACCUCGACCCGUGAAGCAACAGCACUCUCUCUUGGAGUGUAUAGCUAGUUCUAACGGUAAGUUCUCCUCGGAUCGACAACCCUUCCCAUCCCCCUCGCAACACCCAGCCCCAGACACGAUGUGAUGAAAGACAAGAUAUGCUUCGAGGUAUCUCAAGAGCUCGGCCACCUCGUGAGAACUACGACAGCCUUUGAUCGAAGGCAAUGGACAAUCUGGCCAGCAUGCGACAAACAUCAACACCCCGCUCCAUGCCCACCAAGGUCUCGGGCGCCGCCAAGGGAUCUUCCGAAGCUCUAUCUCUGGAUGACGUCGAAACUCAGCAUGUCCACCCAACUGCGGGGCCCCGAUAACCACUCCGGCGCAUCCAAUUUAUCCCACAACGAAGCCGAAACCCCUCCUCCCAAGAAACAAGCAACUCCUCGCCCGCCAUUCAUAUUUGGGCGGCAGGUACCGGGCGAACACGGGCGAACGCGGGCGUCUCUGCUUGUGCUCCGAAGUGUGGAUAUGACAUGGUGGAUUUCGGAUGUGGAUGCGAAUGGAGGGGGUGGUGGUGCUAGUGGUGGGGGAACACACACACCCUCCCCCGCUCUCACACUCCCAAUCCCGGUCUUGGCCCCCCCGCCCCUCCCACCCCGCCUCCAUAUUGCGUUACGACGUGCCGACGCCGUUUGGUGCUUGGUACAUGUCGGCAAGGACAGGCAGGCGUCAUGAAAGGCUUCGGUUCUCGCCUAUCGAUGAUAGGAUGGGUGCUCCUAUCAAAGCUGCGGGAAUAUAGCCGCAUGGACACACGAUAAGGCCUCUGGGUGCUACACGCCUGUCGUCAUCCCGCGCCGGUUGGGGUUCUACCGUUCUUUGGAUGGUCCAGAUUGCAUCACAAGUCUUGGGAGCUAUUGCUCAGGAGAGCUGCCUAUCAAGGAGCAUGCAUCAUGCCACGCCAAUAUCCGAUGCCUCGAGACAUCUAGACCCGUCCCCCACUACUUGGGACGAUCCCACGCUGGGCACUUGUCGGCCACCUUCUGCCUCUGAUAACAACUAUUCAGCAUUCUGGCUGUGGUUGACCGGCUCUGGGUGGGGUGAUGGUCCUGUCUGGUGGCUACACACAGCGUUCGGAUACGGGACGUAGCUGGCAGCUCAAGCUUUGGGCCACAAAGCCCUCAAAUGAGUUCCGUGACUGCCUUGAGGGCUUUUCACCUGUCUCGCGGCGACGUGGCGUAACCCGCACAUUCACACUGGACCAUUGGUCCUCUCCCUCGAACUUUAAACAGUUUCCCACCACCCAUCUGUCAGAUUUCACUCACAGCGCCAGACUUCGAGGAUCCCUCACGCACUAUCUUGUCUUUGACUAACACCUUGGAACAAAGAAUUACUUCGUAUAGUCUUGGAGCUAAUCAUAUCUCGUAUCCUGUAGACCCUUCCAUCCUUCGCAGUUAUCAAGCUGCUUUUUGAUACCCCGCCCGUUGGCCAGGUCACGUCAGACAAGCAACACUCCUUCGCGUCUUGACAAGCAGAAGCUUGCCUAGCAUGGGCGAGAUCAAGCUGACCCCAGAAUUUGAUGAUCGACAGACUCACCUAGAGUCUGAGCAAUACAACUACCAGCCCUAUGAAUACCAGACAGAAAACAACGACUCGUGGGCUGGUGCUCUUCCGGUGAAGCAGGGGUUGUAUGAUCCCUCACUCGAGAAAGAUGCGUGCGGUGUGGGCUUUGCUUGCCACAUCAAGGGCAAGGCUAGCCACAAAAUCGUCAGCGAUGCGCGAAACCUUCUAUGCAACAUGACCCAUCGUGGUGCCGUGGGAUCUGAUGCGCGAGAUGGUGAUGGUGCUGGUGUCAUGACAUCCAUUCCCCACAAGUUCUUUGUCAAGAACUUUGAGCGUGAGGAGGGCAUCAAGCUUCCUCCAUUGGGACAGUACGCUGUGGGCAAUCUGUUCUUCAAGCCUGAUCCAGAGACCCUGCAAGAGUCCAAGCGGCAGUUGGAAGAUAUUGCCGAGUCCUUGGGCUUGAGAGUCCUCGGGUGGCGAGAGCUUCCCGUGGACUCCACUCUCCUUGGUCCGGCUGCUGCUUCUCGCGAGCCUACCAUUCUGCAGCCCUUUGUGGUUCUCCAGUCUGCCUAUGGUUCUGGGGAUGCUCCUGAGAUCACGGACGCAGACAAGUUCGAUGACAGGCUGUUCGAGAGACAACUCUAUGUCCUCCGGAAGCGUGCCACCCGCACCGUCGGGCUUCAGAACUGGUUCUACAUCUGCUCUCUGUCGAACAAGAACAUUGUUUACAAGGGACAGUUGGCUCCAGUACAAGUCUACCAAUACUACCACGAUUUGGUGAAUGCUGAUUAUGAGGCGCACUUUGCCUUGGUACACUCGCGUUUCUCUACCAACACCUUCCCAUCUUGGGACCGUGCUCAGCCCCUGAGAUGGGCCGCUCACAACGGUGAAAUCAACACUCUCCGUGGUAACAAGAACUGGAUGCGCGCUCGUGAGGGUGUCAUGCAGUCUGACAUUUUCGGUGAUGAGCUCGAGGACCUCUACCCCGUCGUUGAGGAUGGUGGUUCUGAUUCCGCUGCCUUUGACAACGUGUUGGAGCUCCUCACCAUCAAUGGUGUUCUUUCUCUCCCAGAGGCCGUCAUGCUCAUGGUCCCCGAGGCCUGGCAGGGCAACAGUGCCAUGGACCCCAAGAAGGCCGCAUUCUACGAGUGGGCUGCUUGCCAGAUGGAGCCCUGGGACGGUCCUGCUCUCUUCACCUUUGCCGAUGGUCGUUUCUGCGGUGCCAACCUUGACCGUAACGGUCUUCGCCCUUGCCGCUUCUACGUGAUGGAUGAUGACCGCAUCAUCUGCGCUUCCGAAGUUGGUACCAUCCCCGUUGAGCCCGAAAGAAUCAUUCAGAAGGGCCGUCUGCAGCCUGGCCGCAUGCUUCUCGUCGACACUCACGCCGGUCGUAUUAUCGAUGACAGCGAGCUCAAGGCUGCUGUUUCCACCCGUCAGGACUUCAGAUCCUGGCUCGAUGAGAACCUGAUCACCAUGCCCAAUGUCUUGGAAAAGGUUGGCGAGGACAAGAGCGUUGUGCUCGCUGCCAAGCCUGAUGACUUCAAGCUCCAGGAGGACCCUCUUCUGCAUGCUUUCGGCUACACCUUUGAACAGGUCAGCUUGCUGCUCGCUCCGAUGGCCUCUGACGAGAAGGAGGCUCUCGGUUCCAUGGGUAACGAUGCUCCUCUUGCAUGCCUGUCUCAGGCCCCCAAGCUGCUCUAUGAGUACUUCCGUCAGCUGUUCGCUCAGGUCACCAACCCUCCUAUCGAUCCCAUCAGAGAGUCCAUCGUCAUGUCUCUAGAGUGCUAUGUCGGACCUCAGGGCAACCUUUUGGAGAUGGAUGCUUCCCAAUGCGGCAGACUCCUCCUGCCCAGCCCCAUCCUUUCCAUUGAGGAGUUCAAUGCCUUGAACAACAUGUCCAAGCUCUACCCCGAGUGGACCGUCAAGACCAUUGACAUCACCUUCCCCAAGACCGAGGGUGUCCAGGGCUACAUCAACCACCUUGACUACAUCUGCAAGGAGGCCACUGCCGCCAUCGAGGCUCGCGAUCGCAUCAUUGUCCUGACUGACCGCAACACAUCCAAGGAUCGCGUUGCUGUCUCUGCCCUGUUGGCUUCUGGUAUGGUUCACCAUCAUCUCGUUGCCAACAAGUGGCGUUCCAUGGCUGCUCUCGUCGUUGAGACUGCCGAAGCUCGUGAGGUUCACCAUAUGUGUGUGCUUCUCGGGUACGGUGUGGAUGCCAUCAACCCCUACCUUGCGAUGGAGUGCAUCCUCAAGCUCAACAAGGAGAAGCUCAUCAAGAAGAAGCUCACCGACGAGCAGCUAAUCCACAACUACAAGCACUCUGUUGACGGUGGUAUCUUGAAGGUCAUGAGCAAGAUGGGUAUUUCUACCCUCGCCAGUUACAAGGGUGCUCAGAUCUUCGAGGCUCUCGGUGUUGACGACAGCGUUGUCGACCGCUGCUUCCGCGGCACUGCCUCCCGCAUCAAGGGUAUCACUUUCGAGCUCAUUGCUGAGGACGCUUUCCGCCUCCACGAGCGUGGUUUCCCCUCGCGCUACACUGUUGGUGUUGCUGGCCUUCCCGAGUCUGGCGAGUACCACUGGCGUGAUGGUGGUGAAGCUCACAUCAACGACCCCACGUCGAUUGCCAAUAUCCAGGACGCCGUCCGCACCAAGAACGACAAGUCGUACGAGGCCUACUCCCGCUCCGAGUAUGAGCAGAUCAAGGCCUGCACGCUCCGUGGCAUGCUCGACUUCAAGUUUGAGGAGACCACUCCCAUCCCCAUCGAGCAGGUUGAACCCUGGACCGAGAUCGUGCGCCGCUUCUGCACUGGUGCCAUGUCUUAUGGUUCUAUUUCCAUGGAGUCUCACUCCACUCUCGCUGUGGCCAUGAACAGACUUGGUGGCAAGUCCAACACCGGUGAAGGUGGUGAGGAUCCUGAGCGCUCGCAGGUCAUGCCCAACGGCGAUACCAUGCGCUCUGCCAUCAAGCAGGUUGCCUCUGGCCGUUUCGGUGUCACGUCCGCCUACCUUGCCGACUCUGAUGAGCUUCAGAUCAAGAUGGCCCAGGGUGCCAAGCCCGGUGAGGGUGGUGAGCUGCCCGGCCACAAGGUCUCCAAGUCCAUUGCCCGCACUCGUCACUCGACCCCUGGUGUCGGUUUGAUCUCGCCUCCUCCUCAUCACGAUAUUUACUCGAUCGAGGAUUUGAAGCAGCUCAUUUACGACCUCAAGUGCUCGAGCCCUCGCUCGCGUGUGUCAGUGAAGCUUGUGUCCGAGACUGGUGUUGGUAUUGUUGCCUCUGGUGUCGCCAAGGCCAAGGCUGAUCACAUCUUGAUCUCUGGUCACGAUGGUGGUACCGGUGCUUCGCGCUGGACUGGUAUCAAGUAUGCCGGUCUCCCUUGGGAGUUGGGUCUUGCCGAGACUCAUCAGACUUUGGUCUUGAACGAUCUCCGUGGCCGUGUUGUUGUCCAGACUGAUGGUCAGCUCCGCACUGGUCGCGAUGUCGCCCUUGCUUGCUUGCUUGGUGCCGAGGAAUGGGGUUUCGCUACCACCCCCUUGAUUGCGAUGGGUUGCAUCAUGAUGAGAAAGUGUUUACAUCCCUCCACCACUGUCCGCACCCUCGCCGGCGUCACGACGAUUGCCGAGAUCAAUGUCGGCGACACCCUCCUCGACGACAACCACCUCCCGGUCCUGGUCCUCGCCGUGGAUGAGGUCAAGAGGGGCCCUAUGAAGGAGAUACACUACAAGGAGUUUGAUUCUCGUGAGAAGAAAAGCUUCAAGUGCACUCCUGAUCACAUCCUCCCCCUGCGGACAUAUGGCACUGCCCCCUCCCUUGUCUGCUCCCAGAAUGGGGACAAGGUCGACUGGCAGGUUUACUGGUUGACACGCUGUGACCGUUCCGGUCGUGAGAGAGAGUCGUGCAGUCUGAGGUGGGAUCAGGCUGCUCAUUUCCUCUACCGUGACCUUGUCGAUAGUCAGGACCAUACCCCGACUGAAGAGGAGGUCCAUAGCUAUGUCGACAGUCGUGUGGAAGCACAUUUUCACGCAGCCGGCCACGACGACAACCCCCCUGAGUUUGACGACUUUCUGCGCCAAAUUGCUAACCAGGAGCUUAAGAAUGAGCCUGGCCUGGUCAGAGAGGCACUGCAUAGUGCUGUGCAAGAAUAUUUGGACAGCAUACCAUCAGACGUUCCCAUGGAAGAUUUAGAGGUAGAUGAUGUCGAGCUGGUGGACCUCGGACCUGAGAUAGGACAACAGUUCCGCGACAUUGAGCUCCCGUCCUCGACAUAUGGAGGAUCUUACCGUCCUGGUUCUUCCCAGUAUACGUCCAGACCAAACUCGUCCCUUGGACACGCAGGGAACAACUCAAAUGGGGGCUCAUCACCACUAAUUCCCCUUGGGCAUCGCCCCUUCAGCCGUAGUCAGUCGGCGCUUACUGGAGGCAGCAAUGGACAGCCUUCGAGGAUGCCAGUAUUGCAUGAAGCAGAUGCUGCAUCAUCAGACGCUAUGUCAACCCUGGGCGAGUCAUCACUCAUGUCACUCCCAUCAGCUACUCUCGAUCGCUUCACCAAAUUGAGAAGUGGGCUGAAUAAUGGGUGCCAAUGCGGUGGUGUCCGGAGAAUCUGUCGUCGUUUCCCUACCGAGCAGCAAGGUCGCUUGGUAUAUGACUUGCUGAGGAGUGAACACCAUCAUCUCGUUGACCCUUAUAUUGUCAGAGAUGGUGAUGACUUCAGGAUGACCGUGACUCGGUACGAGGGGCUGUGCAGCAAGCAGGUCAAGAAGAAUCACUUGAAGCUUUACCGCGCCCCCCUUGCCUUUGCUCCUCACCCGGCCAACGUCCAGAGGUCCGUCCCCAUCGACCCCUGGCUCCUGGGCUUCUGGCUUGGUGAUGGGUCCACAGGCGGCCCGAUCGUCUCCAGCUCCGAUCUUGAGGUCAAAGUCUGGCUUCAUAGCCAUGUUGCGGAGCUCAACGCCAGCAGGCCAGCCGGGGCUCGCCCGCUCCACGUCAGCGAGCACCUCCAGCAGAAGGCUGGUGAUGCUAUUCCGGGGACUAAUCACUAUGCCAACCACAAUACUUACACAUAUAAGAUCUCCAGUCAGGAGGGGAUGCCUGGGUAUCACUGGAAUCCCAUCCAGGAUGGCCUCCGUUCCCUUGGUCUCCUUGGUGACAAGAGUGGUGGUAUCCCCGACUGCUACAAGACUGCGGAUGAGGCUACUCGGCUGGCUGUCAUCGCUGGCCUCAUCGAUUCUGAUGGCUGCUAUGUGAAGUCACACAAUACCUACCGUUUUACGCAGCGCACCGAUGAGCAUAGGAAAAUCGUGGAGGAUCUCCGCGACUUGGCACUGAGUUGCGGUAUCUCUGUCACAGGCAUUGACAGAGAAGUCAAUAACCAGAAGUUUGGGGAUGGGUGGUCAGAUAUUCCUGGCGAUGUCUUCAUUUGCUACCUUGGCAAGGGGUCUGCUAAGUUCCAGCAAUACCUCCUCAUGCCUCGCAAGAGGAUGAACAUGGCCAAGACCUAUCACACUGACGACGCCCGCCCCUUCACGGUCACAGACGUUGAGGAGGAUGAUUAUCGCGCGAUUCAGGUCUCAGGGUCCCUAUUUCAGCUUGGGAAUGGCCUUGUUACUCACAAUUGUCAUCUGAACACUUGCCCUGUCGGUAUCGCUACCCAGGAUCCUGAGCUUCGCAAGAAGUUCACUGGUACUCCCGAGCACGUCAUCAACUUCUUCUACUAUGUUGCCAACGAGCUCCGUGCCAUCAUGGCCAAGCUUGGCUUCCGCACCGUGAAUGAGAUGAUCGGUCGUGCUGAGGUCCUCAAGGUUCGCGAGGAUCUGCGCACCAACAAGACCGCUAACAUCGAUCUUUCUCUCAUUCUCACGCCUGCCCACAAGCUUCGCCCCGGUGUCGCCACCUUCAACGUCCGCAAGCAGGACCAUCGCCUCUACGUCCGCCUCGACAACAAGCUCAUCUCCGAGGCCGAGUUGACUCUUGACAAGGGUCUUCCCUCCCGCAUCGAGUGCGACAUUGUCAACACCGAUCGUGCCAUGGGUACUUCGCUCUCCUACCACGUCUCCAAGAGAUUUGGCGAGGCUGGUCUCCCCAUGGAUACCAUCCACGUCAACAUCAAGGGCUCAGCCGGUCAGUCCUUCGGUGCUUUCCUCGCUCCUGGUAUCACCUUGGAGCUCGAGGGUGAUGCCAACGACUAUGUCGGCAAGGGCUUGUCUGGUGGUCGCUUGAUCGUGUACCCUCCUCGCUCGGCCGUCUUCAAGGCUGAGGAGAACAUUCUCAUCGGCAACGUCUGCUUGUAUGGUGCUACCAGCGGUACUGCCUUCUUCCGUGGUGUUGCUGCUGAGCGUUUCGCCGUCCGCAACUCCGGUGCCACCGCUGUCGUUGAGGGUGUUGGUGACCACGGUUGCGAGUACAUGACUGGUGGCCGCAUCGUCAUUCUUGGCAGCACUGGCCGCAACUUCGCUGCCGGUAUGUCUGGUGGUAUCGCCUACGUCCUUGACAUCCACCAGGACUUCCUCACCAAGCUCAACACCGAGAUGGUGGAGGCUGGCCCCGUCGAGGACCCCGAGGAAGUUGCCUACCUCCGCGGUCUCAUCGAGGAUCACCACCACUACACUGGCUCCGAGCUUGCGGCCCGCAUCCUGGUCGACUUCAACCGCGCCCUUCCCCGUUUCAUCAAGGUCUUGCCUGUUGACUACAAGCGCGUCCUUGCCGAGGAGGCUGCUAAGGCUGCUGAGGCCAAGCGUGCUGAGUACAACCUUCCCAUCGUCUCUGGCGUUGAGCAGAAGAAGGAGGCCAAGAAGGAGGUCAAGAAGGAGCACACCGAGAAGCUUGCUGAUAUCGAAGAGAGCUUCGGUGACCAGACCCGUGAUAAGAAGAAGGCUCUUGUGCUCGACAAAACCAAGGGCUUCAUGAAGUACCAGCGCCGCUCUGAGAAGUACCGCAGCGCCAAGACGCGUGUCAAGGACUGGGCCGAGCUUUCUCAGAGACUCGACGAGGACGAGCUCAAGUAUCAGUCCGCUCGCUGCAUGGACUGCGGUGUCCCCUUCUGCCAGUCUGAUACUGGUUGCCCCAUCUCCAACAUCAUUCCCAAGUGGAACGAGCUUGUUUUCCAGAACCAGUGGCAGGACGCCCUCAACCGUCUCCUCAUGACUAACAACUUCCCCGAGUUCACUGGUCGUGUUUGCCCUGCUCCCUGCGAGGGUGCUUGCGUUCUCGGCAUCAACGAAGACCCCGUUGGCAUCAAGUCCAUCGAGUGCGCUAUCAUUGACAGAGGUUUCGAGAAGGGCUGGAUGGUUCCCAACCCUCCCGAGGUCCGCACCGGCAAGAAGGUUGCCAUCAUUGGCUCUGGUCCCGCUGGUCUUGCUGCCGCCGAUCAGCUGAACAAGGCUGGCCAUCUUGUCACCGUCUACGAGCGUGCUGACCGUCUUGGUGGUCUGCUCAUGUAUGGUAUCCCCAACAUGAAGCUUGACAAGCGCAUCGUCGACAGACGCACCAAGUUCAUGGCCGACGAGGGUGUCAUCUUCAAGACCGGUGUUUCCAUCGGCGACGAUAUCAAGCUGAUGGAUCUCAAGGCUGAGAAUGAUGCUGUCAUCAUCGCCACCGGUGCCACUGUCGCUCGUGACCUUCCCAUCAAGGGCCGCAACCUCGAGGGUAUCCACUUCGCCAUGGAGUUCCUUCACAAGAACACCAAAUCUCUGCUUGACUCCGAGCUGGCUGACGGUUCUUACAUCUCUGCCAAGGACAAGCACGUCGUUGUCAUUGGCGGUGGUGAUACCGGUAACGACUGCAUCGGUACCUCUGUCCGCCACGGUGCCAAGUCGGUUGUCAACUUUGAGCUGCUGCCUCAGCCUCCCCCGGAGCGUGCGCGCGACAACCCGUGGCCCCAGUGGCCCCGCAUCUACCGUGUCGACUACGGUCACACUGAGGUGGCUCAACACACAGGCAAGGACCCCCGUGAGUUCUGCAUCAUGUCGGAGGAGUUUGUCGACGACGGCAGCGGCAAGGUGAAGGGCAUCAACACCGUCCGUGUUGAGUGGACCAAGUCUGCCAGCGGUGGUUGGGACAUGAAGAAGGUUGAGGGUUCUCAGCAGUUCUUCCCUGCCGACCUCGUCCUCUUGUCCAUGGGUUUCUUGGGACCUGAGGCUCGUGUCUUGGGUGACGAGAUCGAGAAGGACGCUCGCAAGAACGUCAAGACUCCUGCUGGGAAGUACAGCACCAAUGUGGAGGGUGUCUUCGCGGCUGGUGACUGCCGUCGUGGACAGUCGCUUAUCGUUUGGGGUAUCAAUGAGGGUCGCCAGGCUGCUCGCGAGGUUGAUUUGUAUCUUGAGAAGAACACCAGCUUGCCUGUCACUGGUGGUAUUGUCAAGAGGACUGCUGAGGAGGUGUUUACUGCUAUUGCUUGAGCAACAGUGAACACAAUCGGGGGCGGUUGAAAGGAACGAUAAUGAUGACGAGGAAUGAAAGCAUGAGUUUCUCUCUCUCACACGGGUCAGAAGGGGGGGAAGCGUGAUCACACGACAUCAAAAAUUUUUCUCUCCAGCGAAUGGGAAUCAUGAUUUCUUUUUCUUUGAUGUGAUACCAUUUUUUUCGUUGUUCAUUGCAAGAACGUUAUCUGGCUGGUGGGGGAUGAUGGAUGAGAGGUGAAAUUUGUGGUAUUUCUUUUUCUCUUUGCUAUGUUUCUUCUGCUGGUUCGGGCGGGGGGUUGGCAUUUGGGAGCAUUUUCUGGUAGUUUUAUUUUCUUUUUUUCUUUUUUGUCGCUGUAGCAGUUUUGUUGCAAGGUUGUGUACAUAUUUCAUAUUUCAAAAUGAAAAGCUGUUCAAAUAG